AUGAUCCCUACUUUCAUUGUUGUGAAGGCUGUCAUCAUGUCCCUCUGCAAGGAUCCUGCUACUACUGUGAAUGAUCAUUUUGAUCAACUCCAGGAGUAUACCUCUCAUCUUGAGCAUUAUAAAAGCAAGCUCACCAGGGAUAAGGACCUCAAGGAGUUGGUUUUUCACACUCACACUGCUAUUGAAAAGGAAUUCCAUACCAAUGCUUCCAAGCAGCCUAACCAUAAGGUGCUCAAGACCAUCAUGAGAUGGGUUCAAAAUGAUGGGCCAGGUGCUCCUUCCCUUCCAACUGGCCCUUAUUAUGACCCUAAGUUGGCCAGAGUUAUUGCAUGCAAUAAGGGCAAAGACUGUGCUAUUCAUCAUUCUUGUGUCACUGUUGAUACUGAGUCUGAUGAUGACAAGGAUGACCCAGACAAGAUAGCAUCUUCACAAUCUCUGCUUGACUAUCUGAGGUCCAAUCUCCUCAAGAUGGUCAUUGAUGAGGAGGCCUCCAGGGCUGGAUGGUUUCUGAAGUUUUUCAAGGCUAGGCCUAGCAAUGUGGUUACUGAAAACAAGCAUAAGGAAUCCUACAAGGUCAGAGUCUUUAAAGAGCCAUCUUUCUGUGUGCAUUCUGGUGCCAAUAGUCAUUCUUUUGCUGAUUGCUCCAACAAGAGUCAGGUUGGAGAGCAGCACCCUGUCUCAGCUCUUGGACUUAUUAAUGCCUUUGCCAACAAUAAGGAAGCUGCUCCUAGUGUCGAUGCUUUGUACAAGAGUUAUAAAGGAUUGACCAUGAGUUGUUUUACAGUGGAGAGACCUGAGCAUCUGGCCAAGCUUGAGAGUGCCCUCAUGGAUGAUGUCCUUGUGCUCCAGCACACUCUAUAUGCUGCUGAGAAACAGCACACUUUUCUCCUUGAUGAACUUGAAUGUGUCCAGUCUGCCCUUCAUCCCUUGGUUCCAGCAUCAGCAGACUCUGAAGAUCCUACUCCUGUGGAGACUGAGACUCCUUCUGCUCCUUUCACCUUAUCUAAUGUGAAGCCUCUGUCUGCCUGA